AUGAAUGACGUAUGUGGACAUGACUAUCACAACUCGCAUCUUGUAGCUCUCUCACCCCCGCCUGUUAAUAUUCUAUAUCUUUUUGCCUUCGAGGUCAUGGACAAUCCACAUAGGCAGACCAUGGACUAUGAGGCAGACCGUCAGAAACGCGAGGUAUAUCGAUACUUCCAGCCGGAAAAUCCAGCAGCGCUUAAUGCAUCACUUCUUCAAUUUGAUGAGCAUGUGGCCUCAACAGCAGAUUUUUCUGGAGUUACAUCCCCUUUUGUACCAGAUAGCUCCGACGCAAAAACAAGUUAUGUGCAAGGCAGCUCUCCAUCAAGUCCAAAUACAACUUUGACUUCUUUUGCACAACUGGCCGCUCUACGCCUGAGCGCGCAGCGUGCUUUUAUAACUGUAUUGAACACCGACUCCCAGUUUAUAUUGGCUGAAGCCACAAGAAACUCCAAUCUUAAAAGCUCGAAGUCGUCUGCCGGAGAAGGAGAUACACUCUUCGCUGGAACAUCGACACUGCCAGAUGCUUGGAACAUAUGCCAGGAAACAGUUGCAAUUAUCUCAGACAGCGAAGAUGGAUUAUAUUCAUUUUUGGUUGUCAAUGAUCUUCAACAGGAAGAACGAUUCAGAGGACUGCCUUUUGUGACACAAGGGCCACACUCUCGUUUUUAUGCCGGAACGCCACUAACCAGCCAUAGCGGUAUCAAUUUGGGAUGUCUGUUUGUAUUGGAUUCUGAACCUCGCGAAGGGCUAUCUGAUAUCGAGAAGGAUACAUUAGGAAAAGUGGCAGAGUUGGUAAUGGAUUAUUUAUUGGUUAGCCGUCAAGCUGCAGAAGGGCGACGGGCCUCGCGGCUAUCGCGUGGUCUCCAUCUUUUUGUCGAUGGCAACUCCAGUUUUGCCAGCAACGCUCACAUGUCGUCUCGGUCAAACAGCUCAGCACAGAGUUUGUCCCCGCGGACGUCACCUCACCUCAGAGCCUGCCGAUCUACAAGCUCGCAAAAUGAUGAACUGGAAUUUCGCUCGUCAAGCUCUGGAUCAGGGAAUGGGUCCCAGAACGGCGAUAUGCAAAUUUUGAGCCGAGAUUCCAACCAGAAUGACACAUGUGUUCCCCCUAGCCCAACGGCAUCGUUGCACAGCUCGCGACAGGACGAGAGUAGUUCAGAGGACUCCUCGAGCAGCAACCACUGGCUUUUCCAACGUGCUGCGAACCUCCUGCGCCAAAGUCUGGACUUGAAUGGUGCUGGGGGUGUCAUGUUUUUGGAAACCAGUGACAACUCCUGCGAAUAUGUCGCAGCCGGUCAUUCUGACUCCACUGAAUCCACAAAUCCUGCUCCUAUUCUUGCGCUGUCCACCAGGGAUGAUCCAUUUUCAUACCAGGCGAGCUCUACGUUAUCAGACCCAGCUGUCAAUCUUGACAAUGUCUUCCUGAAACAGUUGAUGCAUCGCUAUCCUAAAGGAAAACUCUGGUCGUUUCACCACGAUGGGACAUUUUCAACUUCGGAAGACCAGUUAAUCGAAGAGUCUCGGAAAGAAAGAAAGAAGUCAAAGGCUUCGGAGACCAGAAAACUGAAUGAAUUCUUCCCUGACGCAUGUCAGGUCAUGUUUGUCCCACUGUGGAAUGCCACAGAUUCUCAGUGGUUCGCUGGGUGUUUUUGUUGGACUCCCCGGCCAACGCGAGUUUUCAGUCCCGCUGUCGAUCUGAGCUCAGUAUUUGCCUUCGGAUCCUCUAUCAUGACCGAGUACAGCCGUGUUGAGUCAGUUAUCGCAGACCGCCAAAAGGGGGAUUUUAUAAGCAGCAUCUCCCAUGAAUUACGCAGCCCGCUGCAUGGUGUCUUGGCUGCGGCCGAGUUUUUCGGAAGUACUGCCUUGGACCAGUUCCAGUAUACCCUCCUUGAUACGAUAAAUGCGUGUGGUCGAACUCUCUUGGAUACAAUGAACCAAGUUUUAGACUUCAGCAAAAUUAUGUCAUUGGAAAGACACAAGAAGACCUUCAGGCGUGGAAAAGAUCCGUGGAAACCAAAACCCUCCGAGGAGACUGUGGCGCGCCUGGAUACAUUGGUUUUGACAGAUGUGGCUCUCUUGAUAGAGGAUGUUGUAGACAGCGUCUCCUUGGGCCAUACCCAUAUACAGAGGUCAGCCACGUCCACCAAUGGCUCCACAGACAUCUUGUCAACACUGUCUUCCAAGUCAGCAAAAGGUGACAGCCAAGUUGAUCACACUUCAGAAGUGGAUGUCGUCAUUGACAUUCCUGAUAAUGACUGGAUGUACAAAGUCCAGCCAGGGUCGCUGAGACGCCUAAUUAUGAAUAUCCUUGGCAACGCACUGAAGUAUACUAAAAAGGGUCGGAUCUCUGUCUCCAUGGAGGUCACCGACCGCUCGAAGGGUCGCUCUCGACGCCAGGGUCUCGAAGAUAUGGUGACAUUGACCAUCUCAGACACGGGUAAGGGCAUCUCGAAGGAAUAUCUUCGGAAGCACCUAUUCACCCCGUUCUCGCAAGAAGAUCCGCUGUCAGUAGGAACUGGCCUCGGUCUAUCAAUUGUCCGCGGCAUCGUGAAAACCCUCAACGGGAAAAUUAAUGUUCGAAGCCGACAGGGCGAAGGCACUAUUGUCAAGGUGUCGCUUCCUCUCGAGCGUCUAGUGGGGGAUGAAAACCCACAAUCGACGUCUCAGAAGGGAAAGUCGGACCAAAAUUUACUUACGGCAUCUUCUCAACUCCGACGUGUCGGCUGUAGUGGGAAACGUGCUGCCAUCUGGGGAAUCGAUCCGUCUCGACUCGGCGAGCAUCCGUUCUGGGCUUCCAUAGCUCGGUAUAUCACGGAUUGGUAUGAUCUGCAGCUUGUUUCUCUCCCUGCCAGUGAGCCUAUUUAUAUUCUGUUUGCGGAUGAAAAGGAUCUGUCUACAAAAGAAACACAGGGUUUCCCAACAGAAUUGCCAAGCCUGCUCGUCUUUUGCAGCGAGGCGCGCGACUAUGGUGAUCGUAGGGCACAAUGGUCGCAUCUUGCUGACUCUCUGGCAAUUCUUCAUCGACCUUGCGGUCCACGAAAACUUUCCCGCGGUAUUUUGAGCUGUCUUGAUACAAAGCCGAUAGCGCCCACGUCCAAUCCGCAGAAUUUCGGGCAAGGCUUAGUACUUCCAGAGCGACCCGCUCAUAUAGGCUCGACUUUGCCAAUUGAACAGUUCAACCCCUCAUUACCAGGAAAUGGACAAUCACUAGAUGUUGAACCAUCAAUUCCCCUGCCGGGGUCCAGCAAUUGCAUCAUUGAUCCUACAGAGCGUAGCGCUUUUGCGUCUGCGUCGCGUACUGACAGCUCUGAUUGUAUAAUAUCGGGUAGUACUGAUUCCGGCAAUGACGGGCCUUCUUCCUCUACUCGAUCUUCAUCUGGCGGCGGCUCAGGUCAUGUUAGCGCCUUAUCUGGUAGCCAAAACAGACCUCGGGUCUUGGUGGUAGAUGACAACAACAUCAACCUUCACCUCAUGAUGACUUUCAUGAACAAACGAAAAGUCGUGGUCCUAGAUAAAGCCGAGAAUGGCAGAGCGGCUGUCGAUGCGGUUGAAAGGAUGCAGCAGGGAUAUGACCUUAUUUUCAUGGACAUGUCUAUGCCAGUUAUGGACGGAUUUGAGGCGACGCGCGCCAUUCGUGCCAUUGAGAAAGAACGGGACGACUAUAUUCCGGCAACAAUCAUCGCAUUAACAGGACUUAGCAGUUCGCGCGAUCAGUUCAGAGCCUUGGAUUCAGGAGUGGACCUUUUCCUUAUGAAGCCUGUUUCUUUUAGGGAAGUAUCGAGGCUUAUUGAUGAAUGGGAAGCCAAACGGCCGAAAUAA